GAAAACACUAUUUGCAUAAGUGUCCAUAAGCAGCUGUGGAAAAAAUAGCAUUCUAAAUCUAACGAAUUYGGAUGCCGCGCAAGCUCACAGACACAAACCAUCUGCCAAAGCCGGGAAAAGAAAAUUGAACACGAGGCCGACAUUCUACAUGAUCUGGAAAAAAUGGCACAAAAUAUCCUAGAAAAGUUYCAACCCGAAGAGAUUAAGCGCUUAGAAGAUGCAUUUAGAGAGAGUCACCACCCAGAUACUUUAUCAUUAAGGUUUUUGGCCGCUGAAAUUGGAAUCCCUAACGACGAAGUAGAGAAAUGGUUCGAGGCAAGGUUGUCAAAAUGGCGAAARGACGAGGGAUUCAUUCCAAUUGCAGAAAGAGCAGCAUUCUUAACCAAUCCUCAGAAUAAUUCUGUCAAAAAUAGCAAAUGAGAGUCAUGGAUUUAAAACGCACUUCAAUUGUACACUUUAAAUAAUCUUCGACGUUUAAUCAUCGCAAAAAUGAUAAUAUAAACCUGGAAUAUUAAACGUGCUUACAAAAUAAGCAAAAUAUACGUACUAUAUUUAGACAAACUCUGAUAUACUUGGAGGAUUUUCAAUGUAUUUAAGUUAAGGGAAUAGUACAACGUAUGGAAAAAAAGGAUAAAAUAAGACGACACCAUGAGCUGGCUUAGGGAAAAAAURAUUUUUAUCAAAUUUUGUAUCGAACCAAAUGAUUGAAGGCCUCGAAUUUUAAAGUAUGACGGUUUUAUGGCGCCCUGUACUAGUAUCUAUGGCCAUCUUUUCUAACUGYUUUGAAACCGCGAAAAAAUAUUCCAUUUAUUAAGAGAUCUAAUUUGAAUAAAGUUUAGUGCUAGCCUUGUA